ACCAGUUUAUAUCAUCUAUUGUUUAGCAGAAGAUAUUUGAUUGCACCAGACGAUUAUUCUUUAUGCCUGGUGUUAAACAAUUGCUUUUUAGAGAAAACCUUUAAUCAAAGAAUUUUUAAAAUAAAGAGUUAUUCAAUUGAGCUAAUUAGAACGAUGGAAGAUGUGUCAUUCGAAAGUGUUGGAACUGGUGCCUUAGCAAUGCCUUUGGCAUUUUCUGCGGCAGGAUGGCUAAUAAGUUUGAUACUUAUAGUAAUUUUGGGACUGAUGAGUUACGUGACUGUAACAUUCGUUGUUGAAAGUAUGGCUUGCGCAAAUGCCAUAAUUAAGAAUAGAGAAGAGGAGUCAAAUAGUAAAAUUGAAUGCACGGAUGAGAGAAGUCCACUCCUUCAAGACGGUAGCAUCAACGAAUCAGAGAAUAGCGAUAAAUUGUAUGAUAUUACAAGAAGGGUAGAGAUGGGGCAGAUGGCAAGAUUAUUUUUUAAUAAGCUUGGGCUCAAUUUAUUCUAUAUUUGUUUGGCAAUAUAUUUAUACGGAGAUUUAGCUAUCUACGCCGUUGCAGUUCCAAAAUCUCUAAGAGAUGUAAUUUGUACAUACGAGCCUGGAAAUAUGACAAACAGCUUCCUAUCAAAUUCUAGUCAAAAUGAAUCGUGCAGAAAUCCCGAUGAUUACGACCUCUGUUGGGAAAACGUAAAAACUGUAAAUAGAGUAAACGCUUAUAGGAUAUGUUUGACUAUAUUCACCAUUCUAUUGGGACCUUUCGUCUUCUUCAAUGUGCAAAAAACAAAAUAUUUACAAAUUUUAACGACGGGAUUAAGAUGGUUUUCGGCUAUUUUGCCGCCCAUCUGCGUCGCCUACGGAACUGACAAUGUGGAGUUUCUCGUUGGAAUAACGGGAUCUUAUGCCGGAGCGGGAAUUCAGUAUGUUAUUCCCGCCGCGCUCGUCAUUUACGCCAGAAGAAGGACGUGUUAUAAAUUCGGUACAGUGUUGACAAACAAGUAUAAAAGUCCUUUCGGCAGCCGCUACUGGGUGUAUUUAGUGUUCGCUUGGGCUGUUUUAUGUAUCGUUUUCGUUACAGUUAAUCACAUUAUAACGAGAUCUUAG